AUAUACUUUUUACAGACAUGGCCAGAGCACUGAGAGAUAUCAGGUAUUGAUGUAACUGGAGUGAAUAAGGGAACCUUCUUCCUGAGCACAGACAUUGGAGCCUGUUAUCAGCAUGAACUCAUAUGUGUUAGACAAACACAUGAAUAGUUCAUAUCCAUCCUUUACUCCAGGAAGCCUCAGAAUGAUACCACAAAAUCCAAUAGUCUCAGACACCAAUGGCUAUUCACAAACAUUGGGGAUAGCACAGCAGAUAUUUAAAGAAGAUGGUGAAUUGGCAGGAACUUGGAAGCAAUCAUUAUGUACAGAGUGUAAUUUAGUCAUCAAACAAGAGGACAACAUUUAUGACUUAUCUAGUGGAAUUAUUAUUUCAGAGGAUAAACCACACAUAUUUACUGAGUUUUCAAAACAUAUUAAAGAAGAGAAAAGUCUACAGUCUAGCCAAAUGAUUCAUACAAAGGAGAAUCCUUUCAAAUCUACAGAAAGUGAGAAAAGCUUUAGAUUGAAGUCUAAUUUGCUAGAACACCACAAAAUUCACACAGGUGACAAACCACACACAUGUACUGAGUGUGGCAAAUGUUUUACACAAGAUCAUCUGAAAACUCGUAAAAAGAUUCACUCAGUAGAAAAGCCUUUCACAUGUAAAGAGUGUGGAAAAAGAUUUACAGAAAAGAGUUAUCUGAAAACUCAUGAAAGGAUUCACACAGGAGAAAAACCUUUCACAUGUACAGAGUGUGGAACAUGUUUUACAGAAAAGAGUCAUCUGAAAAGUCACAAAAGUAGUCACACAGGGGAAAAGCUUUUCACGUGUACAGAGUGUGGAAAAUGUUUUACACGAAAGAGUAAUCUGAAAACUCAUGAAAGGAUUCACACAGGGGAAAAGCCUUUUACAUGUACAGAGUGUGGAAAAUGUUUUACAGAAAAGAGUAGUCUGAAAAAGCAUGAAAUGAUUCACACAGGAGAAAUGACUUUCACAUGUACCGAGUGUGGAAAAAGUUUUACAGAAAAGAGUAGUCUGGAAACUCAUGAAAGGAGUCACACAGGAGAAAAGCUUUUCGCAUGUACAGAGUGUGGAAAAAGUUUUACAGAAAAGAGUGAUCUGAAAAAGCAUGAAAUGAUUCACACAGGAGAAAUGACUUUCACAUGUACCGAGUGUGGAAAAAGUUUUACAGAAAAGAGUAGUCUGGAAACUCAUGAAAGGAGUCACACAGGAGAAAAGCCUUUCACAUGUACAGAGUGUGGGAAAAGUUUUACACAAAAGAGUGAUCUGAAAAGUCACAUAAGGAUUCACACAGGGGAAAAGCCUUUCACAUGUACAGAGUGUGGGAAAAGUUUUACACAUAUUAGUAAUCUGAAAAACCAUGAAAGGUUUCACACAGGGGAAAAGCCUUUCACAUGUACAGAGUGUGGAAAAUGUUUUACAGUAAAGAGUAGUCUGAAAAAGCAUGAAAGGAUUCACACAGGAGAAAAGCCUUUCACAUGUACAGAGUGUGGAAAAUGUUUUACAGUAAAGAGUGUUCUGGAAAAGCAUGAAAGGAUUCACACAGGAGAAAAGCCUUUCACAUGUAAAGAGUGUGGAAAAAGUUUUACACAAAAGAGUGAUCUGAAAAGUCACAUAAGGAUUCACACAGGGGAAAAGCCUUUCACAUGUACAGAGUGUGGGAAAAGUUUUACAGAAAAGAGUAGUCUGAAAAAGCAUGAAAGGAUUCACACAGGAGAAAAGCCUUUCACAUGUACAGAGUGUGGAAAAAGUUUUACAGAAAAGAGUAGUCUGAAAAAGCAUGAAAGGAUUCACACAGGAGAAAAGCCUUUCACAUGUACAGAGUGUGGGAAAAGUUUUACACAUAUGAGUAAUCUGAAAAACCAUGAAAGGAUUCACAAGGGAAGAAACCUUUCACAUGUUUAGAAAGUGGAAAAAAUAUUUUUAUUAAAAUCAAUUAUUAUAAAACACCAAAUAUAGUUUUUUUUAAUAUUUCUGUUUAUUUUCCAAUUACAUAAUAUCAUUUUCAUCACACAGGACAUCUAUUAUAACAAUAAUUUAAACAGAAAAAAGUGUCCCAGGCAGUGGAGGCUCCUCCAUAUGUGCACUGUCACACGUGAACCCCCAGCCAGGGGCAAGGAGGGAAAAAAAAUGAGGAAAAAAAAUGAGAAAAAAAGUUACAAAAUUUUUUGAAUAAAAUAUAUUUAUUUA